CCGACGCUCACUCCGCGACCUGCCGCCCUUCGAGGAGCACCCCGAGCCCCGGCGGGUCCCCGCCCCGCCCGCCCGGCGCCCCCAGGCCGGCGGCCCAGCAGGGGUCAGUGCCGCCGCGGCGAGGCCGACGGGGGCCGCCACCGGGGCCGCCGCCCCCGCCCCACCGCCGCCAACCGCCACAGCCGAGCCCCGGGAGGGGGCAGCGAGGGUCCGGCGGCGCUCCCGGUGUACUGGGCGGGGAGGGGGGGCCCGGGGCUGCUGCCGGUGCUGGGCGGGGCGGGCGGGCGCGGAGCAGCCAUCCCGGGGGCGGCGGCGGCGGCUCCUCGGCUGGGCAGGUGCCGUCGGCCGGCCUCCGCCUGAGAGCCGCCCCAGUCCGCCGCCGCCGCCGCCGGCCGGCCGCCCGCGGGGAUCCCUGCCGUUCCCCCACCGCCGCCGAUCCCUCCCGCCCCCGCCGGGGGAGCAGGCGAUCGGCGGCCGGCGGGCACUGCCGCCCCGCCCCGCCAGCAGGGUCUGCGCCCGGAGGUAACGGGUGUUCCCCCCCCCCCCACGACCACCCCUCCCCGACCCCGGCGGGGACCGCUCCCCCGCCGCCCGCGGCUCCACACAAAGAGGCGGCGCGGAAACGUGCGCGGACGGGGCGGGUGGGCGGCUCGGUCCCACCCCGGGGCGGCAGCGACGGGGAAGCCGCCGUGACAGCCGGCCGCGGGCGAGGGCUGCGCCCUGGGCUCCCUCCUAAAAAGCCGCCGGUCUUUUUCCUCUCCCUUUAGCACCCGGCACCCCCCGCCCCCAAAGGCUCUUCCGCGGGAUGGCGGCGGAGGGCCGCUCCGUAGGGCUGGGCGCUGCGCCCUAGCCUCGCCGGCCUCCAGCCGCUGCGCCGGGGCGCGGAGCCGGGCGCGGAGGAGCCGGGCGCGGCCCGGCCCCGGCUGCGCCUCAGCCCCUCUCCGCCGCCGCUUGGGGCUCUUCCCGCCUCCCCGCCCCGUCCCCGGCCAUCGCAGCAGGCAUGGGCUGUUUCUGCGCGGUCCCGGAGGAAUUCUACUGCGAAGUUUUGCUCCUGGACGAAACCAAGCUGACCCUGACCACCCAGCAGCAGGGUAUCAAGAAGUCAACGAAAGGCUCGGUUGUCCUGGGCUACGUAUUUCGUCACUUAAACCUAGUGGAGAUAGAUUACUUUGGACUGCGCUACUGUGACCGAAGUCAUCAAACGUACUGGCUGGAUCCUGCAAAGACCCUUGCUGAACAUAAAGAAUUGAUAAACACUGGACCACCAUACACUCUGUAUUUUGGCAUUAAAUUCUAUGCAGAGGAUCCGUGUAAACUUAAAGAAGAAAUAACAAGGUAUCAGUUUUUCUUGCAGGUCAAGCAAGAUGUUUUACAGGGUCGCCUGCCUUGUCCAAUCAACACUGCAGCACAGCUGGGAGCAUAUGUAAUUCAGUCUGAGCUGGGGGACUAUGACCCAUAUAAGCACACUGCAGGUUACGUAUCGGAGUACCGCUUUGUUCCAGACCAGAAGGAAGAGCUGGAGGAUGCCAUAGAGCAGAUACACAAAACUCUGGUGGGUCAAGUUCCUGCUGAGGCAGAAGUGAACUACUUAGGGGUGGCCAAAUCCCUGGAAAUGUAUGGAGUGGAUCUCCAUCCUGUUUAUGGUGAAAACAAAUCUGAAUAUUUUUUAGGAUUAACACCCGUAGGAGUUGUUGUCUACAAGAAUAAAAAACAAGUAGGAAAAUAUUUCUGGCCUAGAAUUACAAAAGUUCACUUCAAGGAAACACAGUUUGAACUUAGAGUCCUGGGAAAAGAUUGCAAUGAAACUUCCUUCUUUUUUGAAGCACGUAACAAGAUGACAUGCAAACAUCUCUGGAAAUGCUGUGUAGAACAUCAUACCUUUUUCAGAGUGCCAGAGAAUGAGUCAAACUCUCUGUCAAGAAAAUUCAGCAAGUUUGGAUCCAUAGGUCAUAAACAUCGGUACAGUGGCAGGACAUCUUUGCAAAUGACCAGAGACCCUUCUGUGCAGCUCCCACGGCCUGACCAGUCCAUUGAAAGAAGCCGCAGCAAGACUUACCCCAAAAGAACACAACAGACCGGAUCUAAGAACAUGAGCCAGAUUACAACAAAUGGGGAAAAUGAAGGAACUACCAAAAUUAUUGCACCUUCCCCUGUGAAAAGCUUUAAAAAGAUGAAAAAUGAAAACAGUCCAGAAACCCAAAGAAGUAAAACAAGCGCACCGUGGGAGGAAAAUGGCCCACAGAGUGGGCUAUAUAAUUCUCCCAGUGACCGCAAUAAAUCACCGAAGUUUCCUUACUCUCGGCGACGGAACCCAUCAGGUGGCAGCGAGAAUGAAUCUGGGCAGCCAUUCCGGAGGAGGAAAAAUCAAAACAGUGGCGAAGAUUCAGAUUUAAAGCAAAGGAGAAGAUCACGGUCUCGCUGUAACACCAGCAGUGGCAGUGAAUCAGAAAAUUCCAACAGAGAGCAUCGGAAGAAGAGAAACAGAUUACGGCAAGAGAAUGACAUGGUUGACUCGGCUCCUCAGUGGGAAGCUGUACUACGGCGACAAAAGGAAAAAAACCAGGCGGAUCCAAACUACCGGCGAUCCAGGCACAGAUCUCGAUCGAGAAGCCCAGAUGUACAAGCUAAAGAAGAACUGUGGAAACAUAUUCAGAAAGAGCUUGUGGAUCCAUCUGGCCUGUCUGAGGAGCAAUUGAAAGAAAUUCCAUACACUAAAAUAGAGACUCAAGGCGACCCAAUCCGCAUUAGGCAUUCACAUUCCCCUCGAAGCUACCGUCAGUAUCGGCGGUCUCAGUGCUCUGAUGGUGAAAGAUCUGUCCUGUCUGAAGUGAAUGCAAAAACUGAUCUGGUGCCUCCGCUGCCUGUUACACGAUCUUCAGAUGCUAGAGGUCCCAGCAUCCAAUUGAUGCAACAGAGACAGAACGGAUCUAAAGACAGCCUAAUAGAAGAAACAUCUCAGCUAUCCACUAAUAUCAUCGAUGGAAAAUCCACCACUAAGAUCAUAAAAACUGUACAGGCGUCACGCUUCAAGGUGGAGACUUGACUGCUGUAACUGAGGAUGGUGAAUGGAUCUUAUUCUUUGGAAAAUGAAAAUUGGUGUGUGUGUGCAAGGGAAAGAACUGAAGUUGACAUGGUAGCAGUUUCUUCAGGACAGAGGCGCAGCCUGCUUGCUGGGAAGGCCAAGCAAUGCUUUUAUCACCAACACCAUUCUAGUGGUGUGACUGAUUGAGGAGAAGCUGCCUAAUUAGGCAACCAAAAAAGUCAUGGUAAAACUGAAUGAUCAGCAGUUACAUUUCCAAAAAAUGAACAAAGAAAGUUGCUGCAACAAAACAGGCUUAAUGGUCUGCUCUGUAACUGAAUAGCCUUUUUCCAAAAAAUGACUGUUAUCUGACAUGAUCAGGAUAAGAUGCUUUAAGAGAAGCAAAACAGUCGUAUUUUUGGCCAAUUGUGCAAUACAGUGUGAUAUGGGGAGAAUUAUCUUCACAAUUUUAUAUGGGGAUCAACUUGUGUCGUAAGACAUAAGGACUAAUAGCUCUUAGAAGGUUUAUUUUAGCCUACCACAACAACCGAUGCUUGUGUUGUUAAUACAAAUGUUGACUCAACCUGUUUUAGCUCAAAAAUAAUAGACUCAGUAACACCCUGUAGCAAAGAGUUCCAGAGGUGAUACAGACUUACUUUCCCUUGGCAGUUUUAAGUGUUCUCAAUUUUGAAUGCCCUUUUAUGCAGAGGGACUAUUUAAUUGAACAUUCCAUACCACAGAAAUACAUCUAUCACCUUUUGGUAAACCACACUGGAAAAAAACUGGAGAAUAUGUACUGACCCACCAUAUUAAGACUGCUUAGCAAGACACUUAAGUACUGGUUAAAUGAACUUGUAGAGUAGGAUUUAAGACAGCUAGCAAAUAGCUUUUUUUUUUUUUUUUAAACUAGAUUAGCAAAGUCUGCCUUAAUCUCUUUUCAUAUGAAAUAAUCAAUGCUAGUACCUUCUGAUACUUUUCUCUGAGCCAUUUCUACUAUGAUAAAAUUACAAGGCAGUAUUCCAGGUAUAACUGCAAUUUUUUUCUUCUGUCACAGUAAGAAUAAUAAGUUUUAAUGAUGCUGCACAUUGAGUGGGUUAUCCUCUAGUACGUAUCUGAAGUGAUGCCUAGCUCUUUUCCUGUCCUAUCACUUUGUACAAAUAGCUGAAGUCAUUCCUCUGCUUCCCAUUUGUCCACAGUCAGUACAUGGAUCAGCCUUGUGACGUUGCUAACUUAUUAAGAAGCUUAGUGAAAAUCUUUGUGUUGUGAAAGUAACUCUUGCUAAGUGUAAUCCCCAAACUCAAUAUAGAUGAAUUUGUCAAACUCAUUGGAAAUGGCUGUAGUAGUUCAUGUGCCUUUUUACAUCUAUCCUCCUUAAACUUGACCCCCACUGCCUCAGUGGCUGGCAGUGAUCCUGUCUUCUAGCCCUUGCAACACUGUAUCAGGGACUGCAGCACUGUCAGUAAAACACUACUGUUUGAGAACUGGCAUCUAAGUUAUACUUUACAGGAGGCGUGGGCUUACUAAUACACGUUUUAACUAACAAAACUGAGAAGCAAACCCUUGUAUGAUGUAUUUCCACUUCCUUUUUGAGUCUUAUUCUUUCAUGAUCUGAGGUGGUCAGGCAGAUGCCACUACCCAGGGUGGUAGCCAUACAGUUUGUAUAUUCCUAUCACAGCAUGGAUUAGUCUGCAGGUUGGGAAUGCUGCAUCAUCCCACAGGAAGGCACAUUCACUUCGUAAAUAUUUUUAUUUUGAUCACUUAUUUUGGACAGUUCUCAUUCUUCAGUCUCAGUGAAGAAAUCUGAGGGAAGGAAAAAGCUUAGAAUCCCUUUAUGAUAAAAACUGUUUUCAUGGAGGUUCUUCAGCAUUUUCUGAAUUUACUAUGGAUUUCAUCCUAGGACAUUGUUGGGCUUGGCUUAAAGUAUUUGCUCAAACUGGUUUUUAUGUCUGUUAAGUGGUUUCAUUGUGAUUGCUCCAAUUUACAGUGGUCCUUUAGGAUCUGUUUAUGACCUUGUGUAGUGUUCUUACAAGCACCAGUUAAAAAAAACAACCAAACAAACAAACAAACAACCCACCAAACAACCCAAAAACACUAAAACCCACCACUGAGGCAAAGAUUGUGGUGAUAUAGAUUAAUCUAGAGCAUCACAAUUUUAUGGAAAACUACUGAAAUGUGACAAACAUACAGGAACUGGUUACAGUGUCUGCAAGAAAAAUUACUCCUUACUUUUUAAGGCGUUCCAAGCUGGAGCAUUAUGCACUUAUUUGCAGUUUGUUGCUUUCUAAAUCAUUACCAUUAUUCCGCAUUCCUUACUAAGGCACAGGCAAGUAGAACAGAUCUGCUACUUUAGGAGGAUUUGUGGUGUUAUUAUUUGAGAAUUAUCUGUACAUAGUGUCCAUAUCUUGCCAAUCCUCAAAUAUUGAUCAAGAAGAAAAUUACUUCUAAGGUUUAUAUCCAACCUCAUGUUUUCCUGUAGGUUGUCAUCUGCCACUGGGUUUUUAUCUAUUAUUGCUGGAUACCAUCAGCCGAGCAUGUGCUAUUUUACUUAUCCCACUACAUCAUAAAAUAGGCUUCUAUCUAGCCUAAUAAUGAUAGAUUUUCAAUUCUCAAGUCACAGGAGAGCUGCUUCAUAAUCAAGCCAACUUAAAUGAGAAAUUUACAGAGAGUGUCCUGGAUUUGAGUUAGUGGUCAUAUCCCCAAUAAGACUAUGUAGAAAGCACAUUUUAGCAAGUCUAAUGCUCAGUCUGGGGCACUACAAUACAGUUUUGUAUCCACAAAAGAAAGACUACACUUAGCAAAUGUAUUACAUGUUAAGCAUCAGUGCCAGAAGGCAGCAAAACUUGGACAAGGACAUCACUGUCAGCUAAUAGUACAGAAAAAGAAAGUUCUUCCAUAUAUGUAAGCCUCCUUUCCCUUCAAGCUUCUUUACCUCUGUCAUUUGAGGAACGGCAUCUUUUCUUGUGGUCAUGUUAUUUUUGUGUGAGAGAUACCUACAAGUGAUCAAUCAAUGAAAGCACUUACUGUGCCAUAGCUGUGCUCUGUAGCCCUAAACCACUCUUACCACAUCUGUAAGUAAGUGGCUACCCCUCUUUCGGCUCUGAGCUAUACCUCGCCCUUUCCACUGUAGCUACCCUUCCCAGAGACAGUUAUGUUUUCAGACCUGGCGUUUGGAUGUCAGUCCAAAAUGCUUAUACCUCUUGAUGAGUCAGGCAAAAGACAUGUAUAACUGUGUCAGGGCAAGUUUACCCUGGGGUUGGAUGCCAUACAGACCUGUCCUCACAUGGACUAAGGACUGAUAUUUGAGACGUUUUGGUCACAAUUCUACUUCUAGUCUGCUGAAUUGACCUCAGGCCAACAAUUUUAACUUUGUGCCUCUGCAUUUAGUCCUUCUGAGACUUCUGUAAGUGCUAAGAAUAGGUAAGAAAUGGAACUCUCUCACUUACUGAUUAGCAACACCUUCAACAUACAUACCUCUCCGUGAAAUAUGUAUUUUAAACAAUAAAAAGGGCUUGCUAACCACACCACAAAAGCAUUUUUGUAUAUCCCAUAUCAGUCCCCAUGCUUGUUACCAGGUUUCUUUCAUUAAGAGCUAGCCUUGACCUGCUGUUUUCUACACUGCAUUUCUUACCAAUAUCCAUAACCUUGCAACUUGCAUUCUAAUCAAGCUCAUUAUAUUGAAGAUGUUGGGGGUGGGGGGGAAUAUCACUACCAUUUAAGUGGCCAAAUUAAUCAUCUUUAUACAGGCGAAUACUGAACUGGAUAGCACAUUUUCUUUUGGGGAAGCCUGUUAAGUUCAAAGCUUCCUAGAAAGGGUUUGAAAACCACAUACAUAAACAUAUCAAUGUGAUGCGUAUGUUCUAUGUACAUUAAGUAUUCAUGAAGCAACUGUGUGCUUUAUUUUAAAUUGAGUUUGAUAGACGGCUGUGUCAAUACUUGUGUCCAGGUUAUUUAAAAGUCAAGUAAAACUUGAAUUUUUAGGGCA